AUGAGUCAAUCUGGAUUGCCCCCUCUUCUCCGGGGAAGUGAGAAGGUUGCAUCAGAGGCCGUGCAGAGCCCAGUGACCUUUGAAGAUGUGGCUGUGCAUUUCACAGCUGGGCAAGCAGCUCUGCUGGAUCCGAGCCAACGAACCUUGUAUAGGGAUGUUAUGGUGGAAAAUUAUGAGAACAUGGUCUCAGUGGGAUUUCUGGCUCCAAAGCCAGAGCUCAUUGAACAGCUGGAACUCGGAGAUGACCCAUGGGUGCCUGACAGCUUGGAGGAAACGAAGGUUUCCCACAACGACUCGGGAUUUCUUCUCCCUGAACCUGAGGGUAUUAUUCAGCUGGAACCAGAAGCCUUGUGGAUGCCAGUUUGUCAGGAAGAAACGAAGACUGUGGCCACCAACUCAGGAAAUGACUUGGAAAGGAAAAACAAGUGCCAUGUGUGUGGAAAAUAUUUUAGUCAGAAAUCGAAUCUCGCCAGACACUGCCGAGUCCACCUAGGGCAUAAACAAUAUAAGUGCUUGAGGUGUCAGAAACGGUUUGCUAGCAAAUCACACCUUUUGAUCCACAAGAGAAUCCACACAGGAGAGAAACCCUAUAAAUGUUUAGAAUGUGGGAAGCGGUUUUCUCAACAGCCUCACCUUUUGAGCCACAACAGAAUCCACACAGGAGAAAAACCCUAUAAAUGUCUGGAGUGUGGGAAAUGUUUUGCACAUGACUCAGGACUUCUGAGUCACCAGAGAAUCCACACGGGAGAAAAACCUUAUAGAUGCUCAGAAUGUGGAAAGUGUUUUUCCCAACACGCUCAUCUUGUGAAUCAUAAGAGACUUCACACAGGAGAGAAACCUUACAAAUGCAUGGAGUGUGGAAAGUGUUUUUCCCAGCACGCUAAUCUUGUGAGCCACAAGAAAAUCCACACAGAAGAGAAACCCUAUAAAUGUCUGGAGUGUGGGAAAUGUUUUUGUCAGAAACUGUAUCUCACCAAACACCGCCAAAGAGUUCACACAGGAGAGAAACCUUACAAAUGUCUGGAGUGUGGAAAGUGUUUUUCCCAAUCGGCUCAUCUUAAGAUCCAUCAGAGACUUCACACAGGAGAGAAACCUUACAAAUGCAUGGAGUGUGGAAAGUGUUUUGCUGACUCCUCAUCCUUUGCACAGCAUCAGAGAGUUCACACUGGGGAGAAACCCUACAAAUGUAUGGAGUGUGGAAAAUGUUUUGCAUACAGCUCAGCCUUGUUGGUACAUAAAAGAAUCCACACUGGAGAGAAACCCUAUAAAUGUUUGGAGUGUGGAAAGUGCUUUGGUCGCCAUACCCACCUUGCAAACCAUCGGAAAAUUCAUACAGGAGAGAGAAACUAUAAGUGCACAGUUUGUGGGAAAUGUUUUGCUGACAACUCUACCCUUGUGCUUCACAGAAGAGUUCACACAGGAGAGAAACCAUAUACAUGCAAAGUGUGUGGGAAGUGUUUUGGUUAUAGUUCAGCUUGUAUGAAACACCAGAGGAAUCACACUGGAGAGAAACCUUAUAAAUGUUCAGAGUGUGGGAAGUGUUUUUCUCACGGGCCAGAUCUUAUGGUCCAUCAGAGAGUCCACACUGGAGAGAAACCAUACAAAUGCUUGGAAUGUGGGAAAUGUUUUGGUUACCAAUCCUAUCUUGUGGAUCAUCACAGGCUGCACACAGGGGAGAAACCUUAUAAAUGUUUAGAGUGUGGGAAGUGUUUUGUUCAGAGAUCUAACUUUGUGACACACCAAAGGAUACACAGAAGGAAGAAACCAUAUGAAUGUUCACAGUGUGGCAAAUGUUUCACACAACAAUCCAACUUAGUGAUACACCAGAGGGUUCACACAGGGGGAAAGCAUGAGUGCAUCAAGUGCGGAAAAUCUUUUUCUUGUAGUUCAGAUUUUGUGAAACACCAGAGAUCUCACACAGGAGAGAAAUCUUACAAGUGCUUGGAGUGUGGGAAAUGUUUUGCUCACCAGUCAGACCUUCAGCAACACAAGAAAGUCCACACUGGGGAGAAACCUUAUGAAUGUUCUGAAUGUGGGAAAUGUUAUGCUUAUCGUUCUGCAUAUGUCAAACAUCAGAAGGUUCACUCAGGACAGAAACCUUAUAAAUGCCCUGAGUGUGGAAAGUGUUUUUCUCAGCACCCACAUCUUGUGAUUCACCAGAAGGUCCACAUGGAAGGCAAAAUAAAGCAAAGACCCCAUUCAGUGGAUCAUCCAAAGGUUGAACGCUCUUCCCUCAAGAAUGGAAAACGUCAGUAA